CUUUACAUGUAUAUAGAAGGGAUGGCCCAUUCUGUAGCAGUCGCAGUGUCGCGGAAAGACAGAAUCGAAGGAAUAUCACAUGUGGCACUGCUCUCGCAACAGUUCAGUUCUAAGCAUGAAAGUUAUUAUUGUCCUGUCGUGUUUUAUACUAGGUGCUUUCUCCAGCACCAAGCUUGAUUCCAACCGUUACCUGGACAACCUUCUACAAGUUCCCUAUCCCCAGUACGUGCGCGCUCUCGGCCUUACAAGUAUCAACCUGAGCGGUUUUCAACUUAAGGUGAAGAAAACAAGCUUAAGCAACCGGGACUUGAAAGCAGAGUUCCACAACGGCAAGCUGACGCACCCAACCUUAACGAGGCUUGGAGACUGUUCAGCCCCGGGCUGGCAAGGCACCAAUGUCACUCUGGGGUGCUAUCUGUCUCUAGGUAGCUUGCGUGUCGAGUACAAUGGAACGGCUAAAGGAGACAAUGUGUUGGCUACAAACAAAAGCAUAGACCUCACCGCCUUCUUCAUGGGGUCUAAGGCGUUUCUGGAAGUCACGUCUGCUCCAGGUUCUGUGCCAACUUUGAAGACAUGGAGCGUCCUUCCACUGAACACUCAGUUGUUCUUCUCGAAGAAGCUGGAUUUGAACGCUUCGAGGCAGACAGCGUUUGAGACGGAGGUGAAGAGAAACGUGGUGUCUGCAACUCUGAGCGCCUUGUACGGUGGUAUACAGCACGCCCUCACUAGUGCCGUAGGUGUCACAAAAACACCUUUGCCGUGAAGACUGUGGGCGGCAUCUGUCGUGUGCGUCGUUUCAUGUCGUGUAUUCGAAACGCGAACUGAAUGCAACAUGUUGUUCGUCUAAUUGUCUGCGAGUAUGUUCGUGUAUUAAACGUCGGUAACACAAGUUGUAGCACCA